UACUCCAAGUCGUAAGCACUACUCGUGUAUAUUUUAGAAACUUUUAUGUUGCACACAUUUAUUUUGCCGGGCGAAAUAAAAAAAAAUAAAUAAAUUGUUCUCAAAUGAAGUGUUGAUUAGUUUGCGGUUGAAUAAAAUAAAUUCCUGCCAAAUCAUUUGGAAAUACAAGUUUUAAUGUGAUAAAUAAACCGAAAAAAAAGUAAUAAAAAGGGUUUUUAUACAAAUUGUAAAUAUCCGGCAGUAAAAUUAAUGUGAAUUCGUGAAAAUUUUCCAACAAAAAAAGAGAAAAGAAUCCAUUAGGAACGUGUUUUAAUCAAUUAUUUAAAGUCCGAUCAACGAGGUGUAUUGUAAACGUAAAACGAACACACAUACGAAAUAAAAAUGGGCAACUCCAUGUUAUUAAUUGUUGCGAUUAAUCUCCUGGCAUUCCGACAUUGCAUUGGGGUACAAGUCAAUUUGGACCAUGAUGGCGGAUCAAUUUUGAAAAGUCAAUUGAUGGAUACAAAUUGUGCGGAUGAGAAGGAUUGCGAGCAGUUUCGAGCGGGAGACAUCAAGCAAGUAGCGUGCGACGACAAGAAAACGUGCAUUUGCAAAGACGAGAAAGAUAACGUUAUGGCGUGCAUGCCGAAUGAUCAAAAACUUGCAAAUGAAAUCGGAAUGGACUGUCCCUGCUUGAUCAAGCAUAGUAUCUGCAAGAACAACAAGUGCGAGUGCAAGGCAAAUUUUACAGCAACCGAAGACAACAAACACUGUGUCCCAGUAACAUCCCAACUGGACGAAAUUUGUGAAAUUGAUUUGAAUUGUCAGCGUGCUGAGCCAUUUUCCACUUGCCUGGAUACGAAAAUCUGUGAAUGUGACCAAGGAUUCACAAAGGAGAAUGGAACUUGCUACAGUAUACUUGAUAAAGUCGAUAUCACGUGUGAGGGUCAUCAAACUUGCCAUAACAACACCGCAAAUUCCGUUUGUGCUGCCAAACAUUGUGUCUGCAAGCAAGGAUUUGUUGCCUCACGCAACGAAAAUAAAUGUUUGCCAGUAAUGAAUUUCGAAGAAUCGUGUGAGGAGCAUUUGCAGUGCAAGUAUCGCUUGGGUGAAGGUGGUCAGUGUUCCCAUGGCAAGUGCUCGUGCAAACCCGGAUAUCGUGAAAGUUAUGUCGAAUCUGGAUCAUCGCAGGCCGUUUGCACUCGUGAAAUUACGGUUGGCAUUGACUGCACGACGCCCGUUGAUUGCGUUCUCGAGCACGAGGAUGAUCCGCACAAAUCAUCAAUGGUUUGCAGCAACAACUCCUGUAUUUGUCGCAGUGGCUUCUCGCUGGUUGAUGAAAAGUUUUGCAAAGAAGGUGAUGCGGUUGGCGCUGCUACUCAAAAUGGAAUUAUUUCCCAUUAUUUCGUACUUUUGUUCGCCACAAUUUUCUUCUAUUUUUGAAACUGGCGUAUUAGGCAUUCAUUAAAAUAUUUAUAUGUAUAAAAAGAGAAAAGUCGAGGAAAAAACUAAUUAAAAGUUUUCAAUUAUGCAUAAUGAAAAAUAUUUUUUCCCUAUAAUUUUUUUUCGUUCUGUAUGUUUCAAAUGUCAUUGUGCUCGUGAAAAAAAAAAAUAAAAAUAGUGAAAAGUAAUAAAUGCAAAGUAAUAAAAAAAAAUUUUUUUGAGAAACAAAUAAUU